AUGAGUAACAACUCAACAUGUAUUCAACCAUCCAGGAUCUCUUCCAUGGCUUUGCCAAUCAUUUAUGCCUUCCUUUGCAUCACUGGUCUCUUUGGAAAUUCUCUCUCUCAAUGGGUAUUUUUAACAAAAAUAGGCAAGAAAACAUCAACGCACAUCUACCUAGCACAUCUUGUGACGGCAAACUUACUUGUGUGCAGUGCCAUGCCUUUCAUGGGUAUCUAUUUCCUGAAAGGUUUUCAAUGGGAAUAUCGAUCUGCACAAUGCACGGUGGUCAAUUUUUUGGGAACUCUAUCCAUGCAUGUAAGUAUGUUUGUCAGCCUCUUAAUUUUAAGUUGGAUUGCCAUAAGUCGCUAUGCUACCUUAAUGAAAAAGGAUUCAGUACAAGAGACCACUUCGUGCUACGAGAAAGUAUUUUAUGGCCACUUACUGAAAAAAUUUCGCCAGCCCAACUUUGCUAGAAAACUGUGUGUUUACAUAUGGGGAGUUGUACUAGGCAUAAUUAUUCCGGUUAUCAUAUAUUACUCAGUUGUAGAAGCUACAGAAGGAGACGAGAACGUGUGCUAUAAUCGGCAGAUGGAACUAGGAGCCGUGAUCUCGCAGACCGCAGGCCUCAUUGGAACCACAUUUAUUGGAUUUUCAUUUUUAGUUGUACUAACAUCAUACUACUCUUUUGUCAGCCAUCUGAGAAAAAUAAGGACCUGUACAUCCAUUAUGGAGAAAGAUCUGACUUACAGUUCUGUGAAAAGGCAUCUUUUGGUCAUCCAGGUUCUCCUAAUAGUUUGCUUCCUUCCAUAUAGCAUUUUUAAACCCAUUUUUUAUGUUCUACGCCAAAGUGAUAACUGUCAGCAACUGAAUUAUUUAAUUGAAAUUAAAAACGUCCUCACCUGUCUUGCAUCAGCCAGAAGUAGCACAGACCCCAUUAUAUUUCUUUUUUUAGAUAAAACGUUCAAAAAGACACUAUAUAAUCUCUUUACAAAAUCUGACUCCCCACAUAUACAAACCUAUAGUUGACUUCUGAAUAGAAAACACCACCAAAUAGAAAAGUGUUUAUAUGGCUACUAGGGAUACUGAACUACAUGAUUAACAGGUCACAACUUGCUUGAAGGCAGGCACUAAGAAAACCUCUUUGGUUUUAGAAAUAAUCAUAAAAUUCACUUUACAGGUCUACUAAUACU